UAUAUGACCGAGGAUUGUCUAGACUGGAAACAAUUGUAACAAACCCUCAGCUGGGAGAAGUAUUGGGUCAGACCAGGAUGUUUUCAUUCAUUGACUGACAACAGAGAUGUUGAAUAUGAUGGAGAACUAAAAUGCGCUUUGAAUGGAGCUGCAGUGUGUAUGUGUCACCUGUACCCCACGGGGUGAUCACCCCUUUAAUUUGCCUGCCGCUGCUCCUCUCAUAUUUCCUUCCUCCAGGGAUCGUAAAGAAUCGGAGGUUCCGUAUUCGCCGAAAGGUUCGGUUGCGAAUAAAUUACACCCCGAAGAUUCGGGUUUCGAGGGCCUGGAAAACCUUCCUGAGGGCUGGAAAAAAGUCGUCACGCAGAGACGAUCCGGGAAAACGGCAGGAAAAUCUGACGUGUUGUAUGUGAGCCCCCAAGGAACAAAGCUCAGAUCUAAAUGCGCUCUUGUAAAAUACAUUGUUGCCAAUCGGCUCAGGGUGAAAUUAGAAGACUUUGAUUUCUCUGCUCGGAAGAGGUUAACAAGGCAGGAAAAGAAUGGGGCGGCCGAGGGAACCGCAUCGACCGAAGAUGGAUCGGCAGGCGUUGAAUCUCCGCUAAGAGAAGAUGGGACUGAGGCUUUAUACAGCAGCGGGGGGGUGCAGGACGCAGAGGACGAUGUAUCUACUGUAGGCGACAAGGAGAAGACAGUCAACAUGAGAAAAGAUUGCGGCAGGAAAAGGGUGAGAAGUCUCAGAAGAGCAUCGGAAAGAGGGUUAAAGGACAGAGACAAAGCCAAACGACCAAGAAGGCGUUCAGCAUCGAAGCAGGAGGCGCACCGAACAAAAAGGAAGUAUAAUAAAAGGAAAGGAAACAAGGAAUACGCAGCGGAUGUGGUGAAUGGCCCCCAAUUAUCAGUGCCCAGCGAGACUCAAAAGACAGAGGAGUCUAUAGACUGGAGUGGGAACACACAAGACAAGACCGUCUCCUGUACUUUACAGCAGCCUACUGACCCUGAGCAGGAGGAAGGAGCAAGUGAUCCCAACCUGGAGAACAGGGACCAAGAUCCCAUCCCAAGAUCACAGGUGGAAAAGAGGAAGACCAGCCCGUAUUUCUCCAAAAAGGCCCUAAGUGAAGCUAUGGAGCCGCCUCGUAGGAAAGCCUUCUCCAAGUGGACUCCUCCUCGUUCUCCCUUUAAUUUAGUCCAAGAAACGCUCUUUCACGAUCCAUGGAAGCUUCUCAUCGCCACCAUCUUCUUGAACAAGACAUCAGGAAGAAUGGCGAUACCUGUCCUGUGGAGUUUCCUGGAGAAGUACCCGAGCCCAGAAGUGGCCAGAGCCGCGGACUGGAAGGAGAUGUCCGAGCUUCUGCAGCCGCUUGGACUCUAUGAACUCCGAGCAAAGGCUAUAGUCAGGUUUUCAGAUGAAUACCUGACAAAGAAGUGGCGGCACCCUAUCGAGCUUCACGGAAUUGGAAAAUAUGGAAAUGACUCUUAUCGCAUCUUCUGCGUGAACGAGUGGAAAGAGGUGCAUCCGGAGGAUCAUAAGCUGAAUAAGUAUCACGCCUGGCUGUGGGAGAACAAGGAGUCGCUGGGAUUAAGCUGAUGGUCAUGCACUUGUAUUAUAUUUUUAUGUUCCCUUGGUAUCAUUUAUUAUGUCAUUUUUCAUUUCUUUGUGCAGUUUUAAAUUUUUAAGAGCUUUUAU